AUGAGAGAUACGCUAAUCAACUUAGUAUUUAUCUUUUGUUGUCUUCAAGCGACAUCGAUAUUUGCUGAAUAUCACGUUGAAUUACAUCCUGUUUAUAGCCAAUCAAAUCCUGUUCAUGGCCAAUCAAACCAACAUAUCGGAUAUACUGUAAAGGUGUUGAUCGGUGAACCGAAAAAAGAGUUCUCUCUACUUUUGGAUACUGUUACCAGUUUUCUUUGGAUUUUCAGUCCUGUGUCUAUGUUAUCUUUCUCAAACGGCACAAAAAGACUUUUGAUGAAAAAGCCUGCUUACACAUAUUCGGUAUUGCAAAUGCUUAAUGAAGCUAAUCAAAUUCACCUAGAUCAAAUUUACGGUUCCAGAUCACUUUCACUGAUCAUAUUUACGGAUAAUAUCUCGUUUAAUUUAUUAGAUGGAGCAUACGUAGAUUUUACAAGUUUUCCAUUCUGUACAACAACCACAUUGCAAUGGCCCGAAUUUGAUUAUCAAAAAAUCGAUGGUGUGCUCGGUUUAUCAACAUUGCAUGUUUUUGGCUCUCCAUUUGGAGUUUCUAGCCAGUCUUUCUCUGGCCAAUCGGCUUUAGACAAUCCAAUAAGGAGAGCUAUUCGGAAUUAUCAACUGCACCCAGUUAUUACCAUUACAUUGCCACCAUUGGAUUCUAAGAAGAAAGCGAUGUUAACGCUUGGUGGACGUAAUAACCAAUCAUGCGAUUUGAAUUAUGAAACCACUGAACCGCUUCGUUUGAAGUAUGAAACCACUGAAUUGCUUCGUUUGAUUAACAAAAACAUUGAACAGCAAACUCAUGUGCCUCGUCCUCCUUCUUAUCGAGUAGCGUUUAAUCAAUCCGGAAAUCGUUACGAAUUCAAAUAUAACUCCAUCAAAAUGGGCGAUGUGAUGUCUUCUAUAGUAUCAUUUGCAUACCCGAACACUAUAGAGCCAUAUAUUGGUGUUCCUGACGUAUUCCUUCGUAAAAUCGUUGAGAAUCUCAAUGCAACGUUUGAUUCAUCAGAGAAUAAAUAUAAGGUACAAUGUAAGGGAUCUGUCCCUUAUGAUACAUACCAACCAUUCGAGAUAUCCACCGAUGGUAAUACUUACGUCGUUCCGCCACAACAUUUCAUAAUCAAACAUAAUCCGAACGAUACGCUAUGCGAUCUUGCGCUCAGAAAAAGUGAAAAAACUAUUUACACUUUGUAUGUGUCUGGGAUACCAGUCGAUUUAUAUAAAGAUAAUGAUCCAAACAUAGUUGUGCUUGGAAUACCAUUCUUCCAUCAAUAUUGUCUUACGUUGAAACCACGUGAUUAUAAUAUUAAUUUCGCACCGAUAAUUUAA